AUGGCAAUGAACCGUGUAAGGUCUGUUAGAUGCAUUCUUAGCACCAAAGAAGCAGUUGCGGUUGCAUAUCAACGAACUUAUGCGACUGGUAAAGCAAAGAAGGGAUCAAAAGGGGGUGCAGCUGCCGAUGGACCCAAAGCGUCUUCUCUCAGCAAAGAAGUCAAGGCAAGCACUGUUGUAGGUGGCAACAUUCUCAAGGAAGGAACUGAUCCAAAAAUCCUGCCUGACUCUGAAUACCCUGAUUGGUUGUGGCAUCUGCUUGAUAAGCGCCCUGCACUAAGUGAGUUACGUAGGAAGGAUAUUGAUACACUCCCUUAUGAAGACCUUAAACGUUAUGUUAAGCUCGAUAAUCGAGCUAGGAUCAAGGAGAAUAACUCUCUCAAGGCUAAGAACUAG